UUCAACCGCAGUUCUGGAUUUAGUAUACACAAAAAUAAGGUAAACAGGCAACCAUUGGGGGACUAUCAUAAACUCAAGUCCCAGGAAGCAGUGCGGCGCGCGCAGGCUUCGACCUUAAGAUUCCAGGAACGCCGUGGCCUUUAGUCAUGCCAUGCAGUCACUGACUGAGCCACCUGGCACCAGCCAGUCUGUUGUGUGGUGAAGCAUGUUAGGCUGUCUCUUGACGUUGUUCACCUAUCGAGUACACUCCACAGUUGGUGCCGUUGUUAUUGACAGUUUUCAUCUAGCUGGACGAAUUACAGAUUCUUCUGGAAGCAGCUCAGUAGCCAGCAGUAUGUCUGCAAGUAUUGUCUUCAAUCAAUGAUGUACAGUGCCCUUACUACUUGCUGCAGCUGGUGACCAUGAAGUGGAUGUGGUUGAAGCCAUUUUUGGACAGCCCCCUCAAAAAUUCACCAGACAAUCGGAUUUCACCAAAGAAUAGCAUGGACUACAUAAAGGAGUUCUACUGCAAGAAAUGUUCAAGGUUUGAGGUGGACCCAAAAUAUACCAUCGAGGAUCGGUGUUAUUGCGGACUUAGAAAAAAUGAACACGAGGACAUUCGAGAUUUCAUCAUACCUGUGGACAAAGGGUUUGCUAGUGUGGACAUUGGCCCAUCACCAUCAACAAGCAAUGAUUCUUCAUCGAUGAGAAGUAAUUUGACUUGGGACCCUGAAAUAAUUUUGAAGACGUGCCGUACUGAUGCUUAUGGGAUUGUGCAUCUCAAAAAUAACACAAUUGGAUCAUACAGACCUUCAGAUUAUGUGAGACUUGAAGACAACACACCAAUGGAUAAGGUUUUAAGGCUGUUCUCCUCUCAUUGGAGUCUAAUGAUACCUCAACCUCCUAAACUUGCCAUCUCCAUCAUAGGACAAUGCAAGAAUUUUGGAGCGUAUGGAACAAAGAAGGAGAAUUUUGUGUCUGGUCUCAUCAAUGUGAGUCAUUACACUGGUUACCCAGUUUCUGUCUUUUCCAUAAUUUAUAUAUACUGUAAUUCCUUGUAUAAUUGUGGGAAAAAAGUCCCGCCAGUCUUCCGUCCCAUCAAUGAACCCUGAGACUCGUGAACCUCUGAAUCCGAGACCCCACAUGUUGUUGGGCCCAUAGAUGACUUACUGGGUUUUGUGAUGUCUCGAAUUCACAGGUUUAUGAGUCUCGGGGUUUAUGGAUGAGACAGAGGACUGACAGGACCUUUUCGUGACUGUAUCUUUAGAAUUAAAUAGUCCAAAUAAGAAAAAGAGGAUACAAGAGUAUAAAGAUUACAUGGGUUUGCACUGGAUAUACAUGUACUAUCGUGCACAAAAGUCGUGCCCACUACCCAGCCACAGUGAGGGUUCGAAUUGCCUUGAGUCUGAAGUUUCGAAAUAGC